UUCACUUCUAAGGCAACCAUUCUGACAGAGCAGAGAACUUGUGAUGGAACGAGAUGCCGACUACCUUGGCAGAUACAGGAGUAUUUCUAACAAACUUAAGAAACGGUUCUUGAAGAAACCCAAUGUUGCAGAGGGCAGCGAACAGUUUGCUUCUUUAGGGAAGACUUUCCGCCAGCAAGAAUGCCAGCAAUAUGCAGGCUUUUGUUCCUUAGCACAAGCAAGAUGUGAGCAUACCUUGGCCAACCCAGCAGGUGAGGCCCAAGCACUGACUGAAGCAGGCAGGGCCUUCAUGGAGGCAGAGAUGGCAGACAGAGAGCUGGAUUGUCCUUGCUUUGAGGAAAAUCUGACUGCUGCCAUCAACUGUUAUGGGCAUGCAGUCAGGUUUUUAGUAGGUCGUCAGAAAACCCUAUACUAUGUCAGAGAGAGCUCCGUCAGUUAA